AACAGUGUGUACAGUCUGAGUGAUGUCAGACCUGAUCUCAUCUCUGCACCGGGAGCAUCAGACUGACCAAUCAGCAGUGAGGGAGGUGCAACAGGGUUUAAAAGCAAAGUUGUUUCUCUGAAAAUCAACAUUUCCACCUGGCUCUUGAUCAUUGGCGAGGGACUCUCAAUGCUAUCCACCAAACGAGAAAGUACAAAAUGAAGUGUGUUUCUGGAUUCCUUUCAAUCAUUAUUGCAUUGUUCAUCUCCUCAUCAGGGGCUGAAGAUGUGGUUGUGUAUGGUCAGGUGGGAGAGACGGUCACACUCCCCAGAUCAAAGUGGGGUUCAGAAAAGGUGUUGGUACAAUGGUUCUUUGGAAAGGACACACAACCUUUGAUAAUCCGCAACUCCCAUGGUCGAGAGACGAUAGAUCCAGAGUGGAAACACAGGCUGUCUCUGUCCAAGACGGACUUCUCCCUGAUCAUCAACAAUAUCAGACUGGAGGACUUCAAAUCCUUCAAAUGUGAAUUGAAAGAUUUCAUGCCACAAACAACUACCUCAGUCACAUUCAGACUGUUCCGUGUGAGUGUACAGCCAGUCUCUCCCCUGUUGGCUGGGAAGAAUCUUAAUCUGAAGUGUGACAUAGAGGAAAUAUUUAAGGGGACACAGAGAAGAUGGCUUAGUCCCCAGAAACAGGACCUGAACGAGGACAAGCGUGCCCAGAUAAGAAAUAACGGCAGCCUGACAGUAAUGAGUGUCACUGGCCAAGACCAUGGAGAGUGGACCUGUGUGGUGACAUACCAGGGCAGGGAAGCCUAUGCCAACACCCCUGUUACUGUAAUAGACCUCUCCCCUGCUCAUCCACAGCCUAUCUACACCUCUGUCUCCUCCCUCUCUCUUCUCCAUCUGCCAUGUUUCUUUUCCAUUCCUCCUCCACUAUCCUGGUCAGACAGCCAGGAGAAGAGCAUCCAGGGAGGCCGCUGGACCUUUACCCCAAGCCCAGCGGCAGGCUCCCUCACUGGGGUCUUCCAGACCCUCGCCAACCUCUCCCUGGGGCCUCCAUUAGCCUGGGUGGUCAAUCAGAAGAGAGGGCUGGAUGUCUCCGCCCUGCAGAGGACAAAUCUAAACCUCUCCCUGUCAAAGAAAGGGGUGACGGAGGGGGACAGGGGCGAGUACACCUGCGCUGUGGAAUUCCAGAGGGGGGACACCCUGAAGAGAAGUAUGCGUGUGGAGGUGCUACAAGUUUUUUCCUCUCCAGCUCCAGUGGCCUUCGUAGGUCAGGAGGUCAACCUCACCUGCACCCUGGGCCACCCUCUGACCUCUGACCUGAAAGUGAAAUGGAUCCCACCACGACAAUCCUCCCUCCUCGCUUUAGGCUCCGACCCCGACUCCGCCCAUCUCACCAUACCGGAAGCGAGGGAUAUAAAUGGUGGGAGGUGGAGGUGUGAAUUGUGGAGGAACAAAACCAAGCUGACAUCAGUGGAGAUCACACUGAAGAUCGAGCGAGUCCCCAUGGAUGUGUGGCUGUUGGUCACCAUCUGUGGCGCAGCCGUCAUCUUCGUCCUCCUCCUCAUCCUUACUGUCAUUCUCAACCGACGCCACAGACAGCGGGUGACGAUGCCCAGACGUGGCAAACGCAAAAUAUGCCGCUGCAAAGACCCCCAACCUAAAGGAUUCUACAGAAACUAGAGACAUCAUACAGACCGGAAUCCCUGUCAAUGGACAAUGUCUCUACUAUUUUGUCUUAGCUAUUCUCUUCUGACACAAAGAAACACCAAAAGAACAAAAGAAGCAAGGAAGAAGAUGUUUCCACGUGAUGUUUGAUAAUAGAUUUCACAAGUGUAUAUUAUCAUACUUUAUGACCUAUGAUUGAGCUACAAUUGAACAAAUACUGUAUAUAAAUAUGCAUAGCUACUUUUUUUUUUAUUACUUGUACACUGAGUUUACAAAACAUUAAGACCACCUGCUCUUUCCAUGACAUAGACUGACCAGGUGAAUCCAGGUGAAAGCUAUGAUCCCCCUUAUUGACGUCACUUGUCAAAUCCACUUCCAUCAGUGUAGACGAAGGGGAGGAGACGGGUUAAAGAAGCCAGGCUCGUAGGUGCCAGGCUCACCGGUUUGUGUCAAGAACUGCAACGCUGCUGGGUUUUCCACGCUCAACAACUUCCUGUGUGUAUCGCAGUGGAGGCUCCUCAGAGGACCAAAAUUGUCACGUUCUGACCUUUAUUUUCUGUGUUUUGUAUUUAGUUAGUAUGGUCAGGGCGUGAGUUGGGUGGGCAGUCUAUGUUUGUUUGUCUAGGUUUUGGGAAUUUCUAUGUUUCGGCCUAGUAUGGUUCUCAAUCAGAGGCAGGUGUCAUUAGUUGUCUCUGAUUGAGAAUCAUACUUAGGUGGCCUGGGUUUCACUGUGUGUUUGUGGGUGAUUGUUCCUGUCUCUGUGUGUGCACCAGAUAGGACUGUUUUGAGUUUCACAUUUCUUGUUUUUUUUUGUUAGUUUGUUCAUGUGUACCUUUACGCAUUAAAAAAGUACCAUGGACAAUUACCACGCCGCGUAUUGGUCCUCUGAUCCGUUUCGCCUCUCCUCUUCGGAAGAAGAGGAGGAAAUUCAUUACAAAAAAUAGAAAUGGUGAAACAUGGAGAAUCAUGCAGUAGCCUAAACCUAUCAACGUUACACUGAGCUGGGUGAAUGGAAUAUGAAUGACAGUCAUCCAACGUGCGGUAAUAGAAAUAAGGCCAUUCUCAUAACAUAAUAAUCAUCCUGCCUCAUCUUUAAACGGCCCCGACCGCCACUGGUAAUCAAGAAUGGUCCACCACCCAAAGGACAUCCAGCCAAAGUUGACACGACCGUGGGAAUCAUUGAGUCAACAUGGGCCAGCAUCCCUGCGGAGCGCUUUUCGACACCUUGUAGAGUCCAUGUCACGGCAAGUUGAGGCUGUUCUGAGGGGUUGCAACUCAAUAUUCGGAAGGUGUUCCUAAUGUUUGGUAUACUCAGUGGACAUUGCAUAGCGCUUUGUUUUGGAGUCCGUUUUUGACCCAAUGUUUUAAUGAAGAGAAUGUAAUAACAUCUUAAUAGUAUAGUUUCUCCCAGGUCUCAGGUGGUGCGAGCAGACCGCCGAGUGAUCAGGCUCCUUGCAGCAGGCUACAACGUUUUGCUGAAUUGUUUGAAAUAGUAACAGAGAACACACAGGGGUUAUUGUUGUUGUGUUAUAGGACUGUGAAAUAAAGUGUUAGGUUGUA